UUCAACGACGUUGCUGGCCUCUCUGAAGCCAAGGUCGAGCUCAAGGAGUUUGUUGAGUUUCUCAAAACCCCAGAACGAUUUGAAAAGCUCGGUGCAAAAGUUCCCAAGGGCGCCCUCCUUACUGGCCCGCCAGGCACGGGCAAGACAUUGUUGGCCAAGGCCGUAGCAGGCGAGGCUCAAGUUCCCUUCUUUGCAGUUUCAGGCUCGGACUUUGUUGAGAUGUUCGUUGGUGUUGGUCCCUCGCGUGUCCGUGAUCUUUUCAAGCAGGCGCGAGGAGAGGCACCGUGCAUCAUCUAUAUCGACGAGAUUGACGCCAUUGCACGCGCGCGAGGCAAGAGCAAUGGUGGCCGCAGCAAUUCGGAGCGCGAAAGCACGCUUAACCAGCUACUUGUGGAAAUGGACGGUGUUGACCCCAGCACCGGCUGCAUGGUGCUUGCCUCUACCAAUCGUGUGGACAUUAUGGACAAAGCCCUUCUCCGCCCUGGCCGCUUCGACCGUCAGAUCUCGUGCGAUCUGCCAACCCUAAGCGAGCGUGCUGAGAUUUUUGGCGUGCACCUGCGUCCGCUUUACCUCGACUGCGGAAACCGUGCCGCCCUGCAAGAUCGAAUGGCUGCUUUGACUCCAGGUAUGAGCGGAGCGCAAAUCGCCUCCGUUUGCAAUGAAGCAGCUCUUCAUGCAGCACGCCUUGGCCGCAAGGCCGUGGUGGAUGCCGAUUUUGACUACGCGGUCGACCGCGUUAGCUCCGGAAUGGAGCGACGCUCGCGCGUCAUCUCCAAGGAGGAGAGAAAGAUUGUAGCUGUACAUGAAUGUGGCCAUGCCAUUGUCGGCUGGUACCUGCAACACACAGAUCCGGUCAUGAAGGUGUCUCUCGUGCCGCGUGGUCAAGCCCUCGGUGUCACCCAGCUACUUCCCAACGACCAUCAUCUGUUUUCCGCUGAGGCUCUCAAAGACCGCAUGGCCGUUCUACUGGGAGGUCGGGCCGCUGAAAAGAUCUUUUUCGAUCGCAUCACCACCGGAGCCCAAGAUGACUUGCAAAGGGUGACACGGAUGGCCUACUCUUAUGUGACACAAUAUGGCAUGUCCAAGCGCAUGGGGCCCAUGACCUACCGGAUCCCUGCGAGCGGCUCAGAGGGCAAGAAGGGGGUGGCUGAUGCCACGGCUGAGCAAAUUGAUGCUGAGGUUGCCCAAUUAGUGGAAAGCGCCUUUGUGCGCAGUCUUGAGCAGCUGCAAAAACACCGUGACAAGCUCGAUGCCAUGUCUCAAUCCUUGCUGACCAAGGAGAUUCUAACCUAUGAAGACUGCGUGGAAUUGCUUGGCCCUCGGCCA